AUGGCUCCAAAUCAGUUCUUAAAACCGGAGACUGCCCAUGAAAAGGCAAAAGAGCUUAUUAGCGUUGGAAAAAAGUCCAAUGCGUUGGAGGUGCUGUACGAAAUGAUGAAGUUCCGCCGGGCUCGAAACUGGCAGAAAAGCCUGGAAGAGCCUAUGCUUUUGUUUGUGGAGUUGUGCAUUGAACUCAAGAAGAAUCAACACUUCAAACGAAUAAUUCAUCAAUAUCGAAACAUCUCAAUUCAAGAAUGCCCCCAAUCCUUGGACGAUGUGCUUAAACAUUACUUCAACCUCAUUAAAACAAGAACGGAAGAGGCUCGUCAAGAAUCGAAAGACGCCGUACCAGACGUCGAAGAUUUGGAAAUCACUGAAACUCCCGAAAGUCUGAUGUUGAACGCUGUAAGCGCGGAAGGCACUCAAGGUCGUUCUGACCACACGAUUCUAAUGCCGUGGCUGAAAUUUCUCUGGGAAGCCUAUCGUAUUUGCUUGGAUUUGGUACGCAACAACUCCAAAUUCGAACACGUUUAUCAUCGUAUCGUAAGAGAUGCCUUUGACUUCUGCGUAGAGUACGGACGAAAAACCGAAUUCCGGAAGCUCAGCGAAAUGCUUCGGAUGCAUACUACAAGAAUUCAAACACAACCGGUCGCUCAGAACGCAAUCAGUCUGACCAAUCCGGACACCCAAAUUUGGCAUUUCGAGACCAGACUCCGUCAGCUCGACUGUGCUAUGCAGCUUGAGCUCUAUAAUGAGGCGUUCAAAACUGUCGAAGACAUCUGGAACUUGGUUUUGCUGGCGAAGACCAUUGAUCGGCCCGCCUUGAUGGCUGACUACUACAACAGGGCGGCAGAACUCUUCCUCCGUUCCGGCUGCUAUCUCUUCCAUGCUGCCGCAGUCUACAAACGCCUAAUCUUGCACCGAGAACACAAGAAGGCGUUGACAUCGGAUGAGUUGUCAGCUCUUGGUUCAAAAGCUCUGUGUGCGGCCCUGUCUGUACCACUGCCGCAAGCGAGAAGUCCGUUUUCUCUCAUGUCUAGCGACUACAAUCAGGCCAAACAGAAGGCUCUUGCCAAUUUACUCGGCCUUUCCACCGUACCCACACGUAGUUCCUUAUUGACCGACUUAUCAAUGGGCAAGAUCCAGUCGAUUGUGCCCCCGGAGUUGGCUCAACUCUACCAGGCCUUUGAAGUCGACUUUCAACCGCUUAAACUUUUCGAGAAAGUGAAACCGGCCUUUGACCGUAUCGCCGUGAACCCUGCCUUGAGCGUAUAUCAAGCACCGUUGCAAGAGGUGCUCGUCUCGAAAACGCUCCUUCAGCUCUCGCAGGUCUACCGUACACUGCACUUUAGCCAGUUGGCGAAACUUUGUCCUUUCUUUGAACCGCUCGCCCUCGAAAGAUGCGUGAUUGAAUUAAUCUCAAACCUGGAGCUGCCGAUGCGAGUGGACCAUCGACGUCAGGCCAUCAUCUUCGAUGUCUAUAUUGACCUCGGUAUCAGCCAAAAGGAUUACACUCAGGCUAUUGGCGUACCGGCACAGUCACAGGUUGUCCCACGCAUCUACCGCCUAGCCGGUUUUAGGAGGAAUAUGACAAAUAUACGGUCGAUUCUGACAGUGUGCACCGUCUCACCCACAAUAAGGUUGGCUACUAGCCCUUGUUGGAUCAGGAGUCCCGCCGGAUUGGCCUCAAUCCCGGCGGCGAGGAAGGGAAGUCAGAGCAUCAUGGUCGCGAAGGGCUGCUCCGUCGUCGACAACAGAGAUGGAGAGGAGGAGGGAUAG